CUUCUCUUUUUCUCACGCCAGUAUUUGCAAGGCAUAUUUGUGUUGAAAUUUUCAAAAACUUACGUUUCAAUUUUCAUUUCUAAAUAAUUUAGGACUUCUUGUCAGUUCUUGUUUUUAAAUAAUUACUAUUGAAAAUGUCUUCUGACGAAGAAGGCGAAGCGAUACCCUUCGGACUUUUUGGUGAUCUACUCGACGAAAUUGAGCACGAGGGUCCCUCUGCGCAGCCUAGACUUGCCACAAGAAUUGCAACCCAAAAAGAAUUCGAUGCGCUGUGCAAAUCGAUUGGGGGAUUCGAGAAAUGGUCUGUUCUGAAUGAAGAUUGUCGGAGGGAAGUUGUCAAAAAUAUGGAUUACUGGGCGAGGAGCAGACUAGGGUUCUGUUCGAAAGCCGAUCAGGAGACUGUUUCCAGAACUCCCAUUAAAAUACAUAGCAUCGAAAUUCUGGACAAUGAAAACCACUACUUGCUGAGUCGGGAGGAUUUUGACAACGUGGUGGUCCGUGUUCAAUUCCAUCACGACUUCCACUCGGGAAAACGAUUCGAGGUUGUGUUUUCGCAACUCGGUGAUGAUACUCAAAUUCGUUGGAUCAAAUACAUGCGAAAACCGGAUGUUAGAAGUAUUUUGCUGAAUAAUUGCAAUUAUUAUCAGGAGGCUGCCAAAUUUGCGGAAAAGUGGAUGAAAAAGUGUAAUUUCGAAAUUGCUGUGCUCAAAGUGGAAAUGGCUCACUAUCCAACGGAAUCCAGCCAGAUUAAACAUUUGCCACGUUGCAAGGAUGUUCGAAUUGGCGCCGAUGAUCUGGAAACUUUCCGCUGGUGGCUUCAAAAGGUUCCAGAACAACUUGAUGAUCUACAGCUGAUAACUCUUGAACAAGAUAGAGAAACUUUCACGCUCCCCACCGAAUUCGUAGCUUUGCCGCAAAUCAUGACUGUUCCGGGCUUCUACUUCUGGUGCCGAGCUGCGUUCUCCGAUGAGCAAUUCCUCAAGCUGGCUGCCAAAACUAUGAGCUUUGACGCUGUAAACAUUACUGACAGUGGAAUCAAUCAAUUCCUGAAGAAUUGGCUCAAUGGAAAAAGUGUUCCCGGAUUUAGACAGGCUCUUUUGUGGUGUAGAAGGCAGGCAGACAAGCCUGCGAUGAUUCGAGGGAUCCAAGUUCGGCAAUGGGAUAAGGCUUUCGAGGAAGAAGCAGCCGGCUUCUGUGGUGAUUUCGAGAGAGUUUGUGGUCGUGGAGAUUGUCUGCAAAUUUAUAGUUUGAUCGAUUCAUUCGAGAGCCUAACUCUCAGCAUUAUGGACGAUAGAAUUUCAAUUUAUGCUACUGGACGCAAGUGUACAUACCAGGGAAAGACGUACAGCGACUAUUGGAUUCCCUGAUUUUUUUUUCGAAAUAUUUGUUGGAGUUGAAUUUAAAUAAAAAUAAAUAAAUGCUUUUUUUCUGAAA